GGCGCAGGAGACUCCUCCUCCACAACCGGUCCGGCGCCAGCACCGCGGACCUCACCGUCUCGCACAGCUUUUGAGUUGUCGGAAUAACAGUCGACGGAAGAGUGACGUUUGAUCUCAAAACAUUGUUGAUGCACAGGAGACCAUUGUUUUUAGAGAAACGCCCCGCUGCCCCAUCGUCCAAUCAGACGGCAGAAAGCAGGAAGUUCUUCCUGUUCAGUGUAUUUGCAGCGACUCAGCUGACUGACAGCCAUGCGGUUCCGUUUCUGUGGAGAUCUGGACUGCCCGGAUUGGGUACUGGCCGAAAUUAGCACUUUAGCGAAAAUCUCAAGUGUCAAGAUGAAACUCCUUUGUGCUCAAGUGCUGAAGGAUUUGCUUGGCGAGGGCAUCGACUAUGGCAAGGUUGCAAAGCUUACUGCAGAUGCAAAGUUUGAGAGCGGAGACGUCAAAGCCAGUGUGGCAGUGCUCAGCUUCAUUUUCUCCAGCGCAGCAAAACAUGAUGUUGACAGUGAAUCUCUGUCCAGCGAGCUGCAGCAGCUCGGCCUUCCUAAAGAACACACAACGGGGCUCUGCAAGUCGUACGAAGACAAGCAUGCUGCGCUGCAAGACAAACUAAGAGAGACAAGCCUGAGAUUGGGACGACUGGAGGCUGUAUCGUGGCGCGUCGACUACACUCUGAGCUCGAGCGAGCUUAGGGAGGUGAACGAACCGGCGAUUCAGCUGAAACUCCAGGCACAAGGAGCAGAGUCAUGCUCCACAGAGACGACCGUUGUCUCGGUUUCCGCUGACAAGUUCAGAGUGUUGCUGGCAGAGCUCAAACAAGCCCAGACUAUGAUGAAUGCACUACAGUGAAGAAGUCUGACCUCCAUGUCUUAACAAUCUAUGCUUACAGACUGCCAGAAGUGCCAUACACAUGUUGUACAGUGUCUUUUUCUGUAUGAAUGUUGUAAUCUCAAAUGUUAAGUGGAAGGAAUCUUCUGUAUUUGGACUGACUGAUAUUUAGUUUAGUUUUUUUUACUACAUAAAUUAUAACAGGUGGGAAUGUUUCUUGAUUGGAUGAUUUGUCAAUGCAAAAAAAGAAAGAUGAAUGGAUCACAUGUAAAUAUAUUGAACCUUACUUAAGGUUUGAUUAGACUCAUUCUGAUGAUGUGUGUGUUACCUCAAUAUGUUUGUGUACAACAAAAUAAAAUAUCAAUCUUGUAAA